UUUCCAUUUCUCUCUCACACUACAACGAUUCCCUCCUUCAAAGUUCGUUCCUUUCUCUCUCUACACUCUUUAGCUUUCUAGAAAAAGCCUGAAAAUAAUUUUUCCGAGGUUAUGUUGCGUCGGGGAUUGGAGGUGAACGCUCUGAUUGGUUCCUGAGAAAGUGGAGGAGAAAAUAAGCGAACAGUGAAACGUGAAGUUGUUUGGGGCAGUGCUAUGGGUCGUUUGAGCUCUCUGUUGACGAUAUUGGGUAUGGGAUCGGCCUCGAUUGAAGAUCCUGUAGACGCAAUUACUUUAUAUGUGCUGCUUGUUUGCUCGUGCAUUAUCAUUGGUCAUCUUCUGGAGAAGAAUCGAUGGAUAACAGAAUCAAUUAUUGCACUUAUCGUCGGUUUAUGUUGUGGAACUGUUAUUCUUCUAACUACCCAGGGAAAAAGCUCACACAUCUUAUUAUUUAACGAAGAACUAUUUUUCAUAUAUCUUCUUCCGCCUAUUAUAUUUAAUGCUGGGUUUCAGGUGAAAAAGAAGCAAUUCUUUCGAAACUUUAUGACCAUCACGUUGUUUGGUGCUAUUGGUACUUUGAUAUCUUUUGCUAUCAUAUGGCUGGGUUCUCUUCAUCUAUUCAAGAGAUUGGAUAUUGGUUUCCUGGACGUGGGGGAUUAUCUUGCACUUGGAGCAAUAUUUUCAGCUACAGACUCUGUUUGCACCUUGCAGGUGCUUAAUCAGGAUGAGACACCACUACUGUACAGUCUCGUCUUUGGAGAAGGUGUGGUAAAUGACGCCACAUCUGUGGUGCUUUUUAAUGCAAUCCAGAAAUUUGACCUCUCUCACAUCACUUCAAGCGUCGCCAUUGAGUUUAUUGGAAACUUUCUGUAUCUGUUUUUUACAAGCACAGCCCUGGGUUUUGGAGUUGGAUUGCUUAGUGCCUUUACCUUAAAGAAGUUGUACUUUGGCAGGCACUCUACUGACCGCGAGGUUGCUCUGAUGAUUCUAAUGGCUUAUCUUUCAUAUAUGAUUGCAGAACUUUUUAGUUUGAGUGGCAUUCUUACUGUGUUCUUUUGCGGAAUUGUCAUGUCGCACUACACAUGGCAUAAUAUAACUGAGAGUUCAAGAAUCACAACAAAGCAUACUUUUGCAACAUUUUCAUUUGUAGCAGAGAUAUUCAUCUUCUUAUAUGUCGGGAUGGAUGCCUUGGACAUUGAGAAGUGGAAAAUUGUAAGCAAAAGCCCAGGGACAUCGGUUGGGGUCAGCUCGAUACUGCUGUUCCUGGUUUUGCUGGGAAGAGCAGCUUUUGUUUUCCCGCUUUCUUUUGUGUCGAACUUGACUAAAAAGUCCGAGAGUGACAAAAUUAGCUUCAAGCAGCAGGUAACUAUAUGGUGGGCUGGACUCAUGCGAGGUGCUGUGUCCGUGGCCCUUGCUUAUAAUCAGUUUACAAGGUCAGGGCAUACCCAACUGCAAGACAAUGCAAUCAUGAUAACUAGUACCAUCUCUGUUGUUCUCUUGACUAAUCUGGUGUGUGGAUUACUGACCAAGCCUCUCGUCCAUUUACUGCUUCCACAACAAGAAUUCUCAGACAGCACAACAAUGUCCUCUGAACUCUUCCAAAAGUCUCCAAGCCUGAGACUGCCGUUACUUAACAACGGCCAAGAUGGCCAAGAUUCUGAAUGUGACAUGGCCAACAGCAACAACGAUGAUAUUCAUCGUACAGCUAGGCUGGGGAUGCUGUGGACGUCUCCAGCGCACUCCGUUCACUACUAUUGGCGAAUGUUCGACGAUGCUUGUAUGCGCCCCAUGUUUGGCGGGAGGGGAUUUACACGCUAUACACCAGAGAAGGAAAUAAUUCUGGAGUAGUGAUUGAUUGUAAAAUAAGAUAAGAAAAAGUUUAAAAAAUGAAAUAGAAUACUAUGAUAGAUAGGUGAUACAGCAUAUCUAGUACAGAAAUAUAGCCAUAGCUACGAAACUGUAUGUACAGUUUUGUGUGUAUAGGUUGGAGGUGAAUGCCUCUAAAAGUUGUGCUUGAUUGAGGUUUAGUUGGGGUAUACAUGUACCAGUAUACUCUACCCACAUCUUGUCAUUCUAAAUCUGGUAUAACGCUAUGUUAUUGUUUGCAUUUUAUCUGUUACUCGUCUGGAAAAAAAAAGAAAAGAAAAAAGAAAUGAACUUAAAAUGCGUCUUCAGAUGCAUAAUUCGUAUAUAUGUCUAUAUGACUUGC